AUGAGUUUCAUCGAUGGUACUCUUCAGAUGCCAGAGACCGAUCAUCCAACGUUUCAAGACUGGGAGCAAUGUGAUAGCCUGGUAAGAACCUGGAUUACAAAUUGUGUAUCGCAGGAUAUAAUGAUAAGUGUUUCAACAGCAAGGAUUGCCUACGAAUUGUGGACAGAUCUCAAGAAUAGGUAUUCAUCGGCUAAUCCUACAAGAGAUUUUGAGCUGGCUCGCUUGAUUUCCAACAUUAAACAGGGCACUUCCACAGUCACAGAGUAUUAUGCAAGGAUUAAGGCAUUGUGGGAUGAACUUUACCAGUAUAAAAAGGUGGCAUCAUGCAAAUGUGGCAAAUGUACCUGUAGUGUUGGGAAGACAGUGAUGAUGCAGUAG